ACUCCUACACGAUGGCAGAAGCAGUCGUGCUCAAAUUACAGGAUCUGAUUAUUUGCUCGCUCUGUCAGGAGACCCUGCAGGACCCCGUCCUUAUCCCCUGCGGACAUAACUUCUGUAAGGGGUGUAUCACUGAUUACUGGCCUCAGGCAGGUGUCUUUAACUGCCCGCGGUGCAAGGAGGACUUCAGCACAAGGCCCAGUCUGUGUCACAACACUGUGCUGGCUGAAGUAAUCCAGACAUUACAGAAACCGGAAGCAGAUUUCAAUAAUUCUUGGAAGGAAACUGGGCCGGGGAAUGUUGGCUGUGAUGCCUGCAUGGAGAAGAAGCACCGAGCUGUGAAGUCCUGUCUGACAUGCCUGGCCUCGUUCUGUGAGGAGCACAUCCAGCCCCACUAUCAAGUUCCUACUUGGCAGGCUCACCGGCUGAUUGACCCAAAUGAAAAUCUGGCACAGAAACUCUGCACCGAGCAUCAUAAAAAUUUGGAUUUUUUUUGCAGAACAGAUGAGAAGUGUAUCUGUGUUCAGUGUGUGCUGAUAGGACAUGGCCAACAUGAAGUGGUGGAGCCAGAGAAGGAAAGGAAGGUAAAACAGACUCAACUUGCAAUGAGAAUAAGAAAAAAUCAGAAGAGAAUUGAAGAGAGGCAGAACACAGUGGAUGAGCUCAGACAUGCUGUGUUGGCAAUUAACAGAUCAGCAGAUAAGGAGGUGAGAGAAAAUGAGAAAUGUUUCACUGAUCUCAUCCUCUCUGUUGAGGAAGCCUGCAAGAAAGUGACAGAGCAAAUCAGAGAACGAGAGAAGAGAGAUGUGGAGAAGGCUGAAAGGCUCAUAGAGCGACUGGAGAAAGAGAUUGAGGAGCUGAAGAAGAGAGACACUGCACUGGCUGAGCUUUCAGAGACAGAUGACCAUAUUCUGUUCCUCCAGACUUUUUCAACUCUUUGUGCCUCUCCUGAAGAUGGAGAGUCUCUCAGCAUUGUGGUUAUUACGGAAUUCUCUUCUGAAAACCUGAGGAAGGAAUUGGCCAAUUUCAAGAAACAUCUGGAUAAGAUCAACCAGUGGGAUUUUGAGAAAUAUGUUUGGACAGUCAGUCAAUCGUCAGUAUACUUGUUGGAGUCACCGAUGGCCGAAAGCAGAGAUCAUUUCUUGCAGUAUGCUUGUGAUCUCACACUGGACCCCAACACAGCAAAUAAAAACCUCUGUUUGUCAGAUGAGAACAAGAAGGUGACGGCAUGGCAAGACAUGCAGUUCCAUCUUAAUCACCCUGACAGAUUUGACCUUUAUGAACAAGUCCUCUGCAGAGAGAGUCUAUCCGGGACUCGUUGCUACUGGGAAGUGGAGUGGAAUCGAGGAGCAGAUAUUGCAGUUGCAUAUAAAGGAAUUGGUAGGAAAGGAGUAGAUAAGGAGUGUCUGCUCGGAUGCAAUGACAUAUCCUGGAGCUUGUUUUGCUCAGAUGUCUGCUUUGCUGUAUGGCACAACAGUAGGAAAAUUGAAAUAAGUGCCCCGCGCUGUCUAAGAAUAGGGGUGUAUCUGGACUAUCCUGCUGGACUGCUCUCAUUUUAUAGUGUCUCAGACACAAUGACCCUCCUGCACAGAUUCCAGACCACUUUCACUGAGCCACUCUGCCCAGGGUUUAGUCUUUAUUAUCCUGAUUCCAGUGUAACAAUCUGCACACUCUCCUCACCUUCCCUAUAACCAACAUUCGACCUUAACGAAUAGUCCACCCAAAACUGAUACUCUUACCCCAUAUAGUUUGUACUGAUGGUCGAUAAAAAUGUUUAAUUUCAUGUUUCCAUACUGAAUGGAGAUGAAAAAGUUUGUGAUAGAAUGUGCAUUUAUGGGAACAAGUGCUGGACAAAUGCAAAUCAAUAUAAAAUGGUGCUUAUAUCACAUAUGUCAAGUCAUCAGAUUGUAUGCUUACAACAUCCCAAAUACAUGCAUUUUUCUAAAAUAUUGUUAAAUAAAACAAAAGUGGAACAUACUCGGACACAAACAGGCAUUAAAAUACAAUAAUAAUACAAUACAGCUUAUUCUGGUAUAGUGCUCUUCACUGAGUGCAGGCGCAGAGUGUUGUGAACAAAUCUCAGUUAAAAUACAAUUCCAGAUUAUACUAAUUACUAAAUACAGAACUGGCACACAUAUAAAUGCAGAUUUGUUAAAACACACAAAAAACAAGGUAGAGACUAAUUAAACGUCAAUAGGAACCAACAAUAUCUGGCCAUUAACUAACCGAUGAACAACGGUAGAAAUUAAAAUCGUAAAAAGAGAAAUCCAAAAAUAACAUCACAGUCCUGUAGACCUCAGCCAACUGGCCACCAACCCACUCCUGGGUUUUCUAUAGUAGAGUCUGUGCUGGCCGUCCAAUCCGAUGAGAGAAUCGUUCCAUCCAAUGAUUCCAAUGGCCCAUUAUCUGAGAUGACUUUUCCACAUGCAGGAGAGCGGCCCAGCAGUAGAGUGGUGGCAACCAAGUCCCACGUUCAGAUACCCAGGAAAGAAACAGAAAAGAGGAGGGUUAGUAACGGUUUACAAAUUUAUUUGAUAUGACUAACAAACAGAAAUGAAGUAUGCACAGCUAAUCAGCAGCUCUAGUCAGGGUAUGCCAAACUAAAUUAGUUAGAACAUUUAAAGCUGACACUGAAAGGGAGUCUCUUAUAUUAUCAGGCAGAUCAUUCCACAACUUUAGGGCCCUGUAAGUAAAAGCUCAACCUCCCACUCUGAUUUUAUUAAUCCUUAGAAUCUUAAAUAGGCCAACAUCUUGAACUCUCAAUGUGCACUUUGAUUUGGAAGUAAUGAUAAGCUCAGAUACGUAAGCAGGGCCUUGGACAUUUAAGGUUUUAUAAGUUAAAAGGAGGGAAAGUUUAGAAUUUUAAACUGAAAUACAGACCCCCUCCUGUCAUUCCUUUUAUAUUCAUAUCCACUUUAGGAGUACCUCAAGAUUAUUUAGUGGCAGUCUAUAAAACUCCAAAGGCGAGUUGACCUUGUGCUUCUUGAAGCUUCUCAGAAAUGCACAAGUAGAAGUCAAAUGAAGACAACCCAAGCCACCCAACACCCCCACAACCCCACAUUCAUUGGUCAAGAAUCUUGUCUUCAAUUCAAAAGCACAAUCCAGUGUGAAGGAACUUCCUGUUUGUGGAAGAUACAUGUGUUUUGCAUGUUGUGAGCGUACAACUGUAACGUGAGAUUUUUUUGGCGGACAUUUUUAAUAUUGAUGGCAGUUGUCGAGCAUUGGGUCACCGUAGGCUUCAAUUCUAUCAGGAACUUUGUUACGUGCGUUCUGCACAAAAAUUUGAAAUUAAAAAUUUUCAUCUGCCAUCGCUACAGAACAAAUGAGGUAAAUAACAUAGACUAUAAAAUGUAUUUGGGAGGAGAAUUCCUUUAAAGGGAGUGAACCACAAGGGGCGUGUUGCUGUACCCCAAACCUCAGACACAGCAGCACAGACACAUUUCCCGAUGUCAAUAAAUAGAUUUAUUGCCACAAGUACCUUAACACACUCUACAGCUCCAAUUAUAUGACUCUCCCCUUCUCUACUUCACCCAAAUGGGCUUCGUCCGACUACUUUCCCAACUGAAGUAGAGCAGCUUCCAUUAUUCCAGACCCGAAAGUAUUUUCAGUGCUAUUGCAUUGCUUCCCUGAAACACUUCGGGGUCAGGUAGAAUUCUCCACUCCAACAGUAUUCCCUAGUGGCACCCGAGGACCCCAACAGGGCUGCACACCAACACUCAAAUCCCAUUCAGCCCUGUGGGUGUACAUGGCAGAGGGGUGUCACCACCCAGGGUACUGGGGAAGCACAUGGCCCUGGGAAGCAGUCUCCCCUUAUAAAAGCAUCCUGAUCAGGAAAGGUACCACUGCCCAGGCCAGUUGGGAUGUCCUUCAACUAACAUUGUUCAUUUAAUAAAAACAUCUCAGCCAGGUAUGGGCAGUAUGGUGGCACAGUGGUAGUGCUGCUGCCUCGCAGUAAGGAGACCCAAGUUCGCUUCCCGGGUUGUCCCUGUGUGGAGUUUGCAUGUUCUCCCCGCGUCUGUGUGGGUUUCCUCCGGGUGCUCCAGGUUAGGUGCAUUGGCGAUCCUAAAUUGUCCCUAGUGUGUGCUUGGUGUCUGUGUGUGUGUGUGUGCCCUGCGGUGGGCUGGUGCCCUCCCCGGGGUUUGUUUCCUGCCUUGCGUCUUGUGUUGGCUGGGAUUGACUCCAGCAGACCCCCAUGACCCUAUAUUUAGGAUUCAGCAGGUUAGAAAAUGGAUGGAUCUCAGCCAGGUAAGGAUGUCAGCCAACCACUGCUAUCUAUUACAAGGGACAAUGAAAAAUAAGUUAUAAAUUAGGCACCUUUUUAAUAUGAACUCAGGGUACUGCCGCACAUGGGUUAAAGAGUGAAGAAAGUGCUUCACAAUUACGGGAGCAAACUACACAGAAAAAUAGGCAAACGAAAAAUGAGAGCUAAGCAUUUCAAGCUAUGGCAAAAUGCAAACAUCUCGAAGUGUUUUGUAAAUGUAAAACAUCACACUGCUGUGCUACUCUGAAUCAAUCUAAAGAUCUUGACAAAUUUUCAAAUUUUUAUGUUAAAAGUAGCUUUGCAUGUUAAUACUGAAAUUAUUACUCAACAACUAAUUUUUUAUCUAUAUUACCCCAAAUGUUAUAUUGUACAACAAUGCAGCUUAAAAAAAAUUAAAGUUUGUUACUGA